AUGUGUUCUGGUCAAGCGCAUUUUAUUUGUUCUUAUUUCAAGGACUCGGGUGCAGCCGAUGCGGAGGCUUGCCGUAUUGCUGAACAGGAAAUCUACAACUGUUCGUCAUUUGGACAAGCGGCAGUCAUUUUGAAGUAUUUAUUUGGCUACUGCCUGGAACAAGGAUUCGUCGCUGCCAAAGCAAUCAGUGAUAGAAAGGAAGCCGAAUCACUGAUACAGCAACUGCAGAAUGAAUCAAUUCUGUCUGAUGCAUUUUUGAACCAGACUUUAAAGGAUUUCCAGAAGGUUGGUUGGUAUUAUCCUCAAUAG